UUCAAUACUUUUACCAAUUCUAUCGGAAACGUGUCUGAUCCAUUUCUUAUUGCUUUGAUACAUACUUUGGCUGGAUUUCAAGAAUUGACAAGUGAACAAACUAUUGUGAACAGGCAGGGAAAUUUAAUUCCUGAUUAUGCCGCUUUUAAAAUUUUACCAUCCAACUUACAUGAUGUUUUAGCCAUGCUUGCGAGUGAUCCAACUAAAGAAACUACUGCUUUGAAGCAACAAUUGGAUCGUGUCGCUCUUGCGAUAUUUUUCGUGUGUUUCUCGUGUGAGGAUCAAAUGUUAAAAAAGUUCACGGAAUUAUCUGCGCCAUUG